AUGGCAAGUCCCCGUUGUAGAGAUGCCAUUAACCUAGCUUCGUCAGGCAUCACUAAACGAGAACGGCACCUCUGGGUUUGUUCACAGAUACAUUCUCGAGCAGUCUUCUUUAUCGUUCAAGUUCUGAUGAUUCUUUUAUCUUUGACAAUAUUGAUGCAAAGUGUCACUAAAUCGUUGUCGGAUAGGCUUAAUUGGGGGCAUAUUUUUAUCGCUUAUGCCACUUUUUUUGGAGCUGUUUCUGGGAUCUGGGCAUUAAAACUUGUGGAUAAUGAGCAUAAAAAGGGAAGUCGAAUAAAAAGACAUGCGGUCAUUCUUCCCAAAUUCAUCAUUAUCCCAUCCUACAUCGUUCAGAUUGGUCUCAUAAUUUGGUUCGCAUAUGGAACUUUAUCUUAUUUAAUAGCGAAUGUGUCUUCGUUUAUGGAGCAAUCGCCUUUAUUUCUGUUUUUUGGUGUUUUGAUUCCAAUUUUGAUUGUAUGGCUUAUAAUUUUGUACAUUUUCGCUGCGGAAAUUAGUUGCCUUACAUACGUAAUCAAUCGUUCUCGUCAUUGGCGUCAUACACAAUAUCCACCCUCUUUAUUAAAUAUGUGUGCUUUAAAUAAUGAGAGACAUCCAUUUGAAUCAUCAUCAUCAAGAAACCGUAACUGUUAUCUUGCUACGAAUACUGUACACGAACGUGAACGAAUCAAGCCAGCUGAAAAUUUCAUUGGUUCAUGGGAAGCAUUCAAUAAUACAGAAACCAAAAUUGAAAUAAUGCCUCCCAUGCAUGCAGCAGAUGAUAUGACACCAUGUUUCUCGGAAUGUCCUCGAAAGGGUAUCUCGAUAAUUACUUCUCAGCUUGACACUGUUCCAGAGGAAUCUUCAAAAUCCACAAAUUCUUUAGCAUAA